AUGGCGUCGCCCGGGUUGAGGCGCCUCAGCGAGGCCACCGCCUCCGAGAUGAGCAACGCACCUACGGCGGAGAGGCGACGGCUGUCCGCCGAUGCGGCCGAACUUGCUGUGUCGAUAGGCUCCCUCCUUCCGCCGCGGUCAAUGGCCGAGAAGCGUGGCUUUCGAGACAGCAUCGGCCUCGGCGGCGUCGGCCGGAGGACGCUGGGCAUCUGUCUCCUGCUCGUGACGGUAUUCUUGUGGACACUGUCCAACUUUCUGGCGAGCUUCAUCUUUUCCGACCACACCUACAACAAGCCAUUCUUUCUCGUCUACGUCAACACGUCCGUCUUUGCGUUGUCCUUGAUACCCAUGUUUGUCAAGUACCUGCUCAGCAAUGGAGUUCGGGGACUGCGCAGCGACCUGAUGCAUAUUUGGCGCACCCAGAGGCCCGGGGGCUCGCACACGAAGCUGCCCGCGGAUGACGGCGACGACGACGACACGACGGGAGAGCGCUUGCUGGUGGAGGAAGAUGGAGGCCUCGAGUCGUCGGUGGAUGGACGCGAGGAAAAACUCAGCUUCCGCGAGACGGCCGUUUUGAGUCUCGAGUUCUGCAUGCUGUGGUUCAUCGCCAACUACUUUGCCUCGGCCUGCCUCGAGUACACGAGCGUCGCGAGCGUGACGAUCCUGACGUCGACAAGCAGCGUCUGGACCCUCAUCUUCUGCGCCCUUUUUCGCGUCGAGCCCUUUUCCCUGCGAAAGCUCGUCGGCGUCAUGGCGUCGCUCGUCGGCAUCGUCCUCAUCUCCACCGUCGACCUGUCCGGCGAGAGCGACGAGAACAGGGGCUCCUUUCCGCACAAGACGCCGGGCCAGAUUGCCAUCGGUGACUCCAUGGCUUUCUUCAGCGCCGUCGUCUACGGUCUGUACGUGACGGUGAUGAAGAGGAGGGUGGGGAACGAGGACAAGGUGGACAUGCGCCUGUUCUUCGGCCUCGUUGGCGUCUUCAACCUCGUCUUCCUGUGGCCCCUUUUCAUCAUCCUACACUGGACAAAGAUCGAGCCGGUAGGUCACCCCACGAGGCGUGCCAGCUUCCUUGGUGCUGACGGGGCUGCCAUUCUCCAGUUCGAAAUGCCGCCAACAGGCAAGGUGUGGAUGGUCAUCAUUAUUAAUUCUUUGGCUUCGUUCAUCAGCGACAUGUCAUGGGCAUUUGCCAUGCUGUUGACAACCCCGCUGGUGGUGACGGUCGGAUUGUCCCUGACGAUACCCCUGUCGCUGGUGGGUGAGAUGAUCCAGUACGGGCAGUACUCGAGCUUUGUGUACUGGAUCGGUGCCGCCGUGGUGUUUGUGUCCUUUGUUUUCAUCAACAAGGAGAGCCACGAGGAAGGGGAUGGCAAGGCGGGGGGUGGAGAGCAGGAUGACUCCUCCGAUUCGGCCAUGCCGGCAUAG